UUGUUGUUCCUUCCUCCUCUACUGCGUGUUCAAAACCAUAGACAGUAAAAGAUUCAGCAGGAUUCGUUGUGAAUUUUUUUACAGGCUAAAUCAUGUCUUUGGAGAUUGAAUCCGCCGAUGUGAUCCGUCUGAUCAUGCAGUACCUGAAGGAGAACAGUCUCCACCGCACGCUGGCAACGCUGGUUGAGGAGACCACCGUGUCGUUGAACACCGUGGACAGUAUUGAGAGCUUUGUGGCGGACAUCAACAGCGGCCACUGGGACACCGUGCUGCAGGCCAUCCAGUCACUCAAGCUACCCGACAAAACUCUCAUAGACCUCUACGAGCAGGUGGUGCUGGAGUUGAUUGAGUUGAGAGAGCUGGGUGCGGCACGUUCCCUUCUGCGCCAGACCGACCCCAUGAUCAUGCUGAAGCAGACCCAGCCCGAGAGGUACAUCCACCUGGAGAACCUGCUGGCCAGGUCCUACUUCGACCCCCGAGAGGCGUAUCCCGAUGGCAGCAGUAAGGAGAAGAGGAGGGCGGCUAUUGCCCAGGCUCUGGCUGGGGAAGUCAGCGUGGUGCCUCCCUCACGUUUGAUGGCUCUACUGGCCCAGUCUCUGAAGUGGCAGCAGCAUCAGGGUCUGCUUCCUCCUGGUAUGACCAUCGAUCUGUUCAGAGGCAAAGCUGCCGUCAAAGACGUGGAAGACGAGAGAUUCCCCACACAACUCAGCAGGCACAUCAAGUUUGGACAGAAGUCGCACGUGGAGUGCUCUCGGUUCUCUCCUGAUGGUCAGUACCUGGUGACCGGGUCUGUGGAUGGAUUCAUUGAGGUGUGGAACUUCACCACUGGCAAGAUCAGAAAGGAUCUGAAGUACCAGGCUCAGGAUAACUUCAUGAUGAUGGACGAUGCAGUGCUCUGCAUGUGCUUUAGCAGAGACACAGAGAUGCUGGCCACAGGAGCUCAGGACGGCAAGAUCAAGGUUUGGAAGAUCCAGAGUGGUCAGUGCCUGAGGCGGUUUGAGCGCGCUCACAGCAAAGGAGUGACCUGCAUCAGCUUCUGCAAGGACAGCAGCCAGAUUCUCAGCGCAUCCUUCGACCAGACCAUCAGGAUCCAUGGGUUAAAGUCAGGUAAACUUCUGAAAGAGUUCCGAGGCCAUGCGUCCUUUGUAAACGAGGCGACCUUCACCCCUGACGGACACCACAUCAUCAGCGCAUCAUCAGAUGGCACCGUGAAGAUUUGGAAUGUGAAGACUACAGAAUGCUCAAACACCUUCAAGUCAUUAGGAACGUCUGCUGGAACCGACAUCACUGUCAACAAUGUUCUCCAGCUGCCCAAGAACCCAGAGCACUUUGUUGUGUGCAAUCGCUCCAACACCGUGGUCAUUAUGAACAUGCAAGGCCAGAUUGUGCGUAGUUUCAGCUCAGGUAAGCGUGAGGGAGGUGAUUUUGUGUGCUGCUCUCUGUCUCCGAGGGGAGAGUGGAUCUACUGCGUGGGAGAAGACUUUGUGCUCUACUGUUUCAGCACAGUCACAGGCAAACUGGAGAGAACCCUCACGGUCCAUGAGAAGGAUGUCAUUGGCAUUGCCCACCACCCACAUCAGAACCUCAUUGCCACCUACAGUGAAGACGGCCUCCUGAAACUAUGGAAGCCUUGAUCAAGCGCUGUGUCUGAGAGUGCGCCAUGGAAACCAGUAUGGGGGGUGGGGGGGUUGUUAUGGUGUGUUUCUUGUAAAUUCACUUUUUUAUUUAGUGCUAUGGUUUUGACAGGUGUACCUGGUACCAAACACUUUUUUUAUUGUAUUACUUUUGUUUUGUUGAUACUCAGUGAAAGUUGUCUUUGAUUCGUGUCUUUUGGAUUUGUCGUCUGUCAUUAAAACUCUUUUUAGUCUCUGAAA